AUGCCGCUCAAGCUAUCCCGCAUGACCGAAGACGACAUACACGCCUUCGCAGUCGUAGACGCCGCAGCAGCCGAGGGAUGGCCUCUAGCUCAAGCAAUGGAUCAAGCCGCCAACGGCGGCGAACCACGCCAGAGAAUGAUUGAACGCUGGACCCGCGCUGACUGGCGCAAUGACGAAGAGGUAGCGUGGCUCAAGGUUACCGACUCCGACUUAAGCGACGAACUAAUUGCGGCCGCACUGUGGCGCUUCCACCCUGGCGAAGAGAAUCAAGCAGAGGCCGGUGCUGCUGCGAUAACGUCUACCCCAGUGGUAGAGGUGACUGCGGCUGAGGGAGGGGGAAAGGAGGAAAGUAAUGCUAAGGAAGAAUUUCCGGCGGUGUUUGAUGCUAUGCGAGCUAUUGGGGAGAAAUUCAGGAGAGAGUUCAUUGGCGGGAAAGCGCACGCUUGUACGCUAUCGUUCUACCUGCGCGGUUGA